CACCCUGCAGCGGCUCACUGCUGGCCUCUCUUGCCCGCCUCCUUAGACUUGAAAAGGGCGGUGAGAGAGGAGGGAAGGGCAGUGUGGUGGGCCCACCUCUUUUUGCCUUUCUAGGCUGGGAGGCUGGACCAGUGGGUCUUUUAACGGCCUGGGCAGCCUGUGCAGAUCGCCAGCCCUGAAUGCCGUGCCUGGCUCUGCAGUCCCAGCAACACAGUCAGCAUGCAGCAGCAACCGUCGCCAAGAUCCUUGGCUCCUUCUGCAGAGCCCACCAAGCCCCCUUACAGCUACAUAGCCCUGAUCGCCAUGGCUAUCCAGAGUUCACCGGGGCAGCGGGCCACCCUCAGUGGCAUCUACGGCUACAUCAUGGGUCGCUUCGCCUUUUACCGGCACAACCGGCCGGGCUGGCAAAACAGCAUCCGCCAUAACCUGUCUCUCAAUGAGUGCUUCGUCAAGGUGCCCCGCGACGACCGCAAGCCAGGCAAGGGCAGCUACUGGACCCUGGAUCCGGACUGCCACGACAUGUUCCAGCAUGGCAGCUUCCUCCGUCGCCGCAGACGCUUCACCAAGCGCACAGGUGCCCAGGGCACCAAGGGCCCUGUCAAGGCAGACCACAGACUCCUCAGAGCUGCCAGCCCAGACCCAGGAGCCCCCAACACCACUACUGGCAGGCUGUGCCCAUUCCCACCAGAGGCGCCAAACCCCAAGGGUCUAAACUUUGGGGAUCUGAUGGGGUCGUUGCCAGCCAGCAUAUGUCCGGCAACUAGUGACGCCAGGCCCCAGCUGGCCACUGAAUCCAAAGAGAUGUGCUCGCCCAAGUCUGCAUGUCCAAGGGAGCUCACUGAAGCCACCUCGCCCUCCCCGUGCCCAGCAUUCAGCUUUUCGGCUGCCUUCCCUGAAGCUGAGAGUCUUGGCAAGGCCCCCACACCUGGAGUGGCCCCUGAGGGCGCCGGGAGCAGCUACCAGUGCCGGAUGCAAGCGUUAAAUUUCUGUAUGGGAACUGACUCGGGCCUUGAACAUCUCUUGGCCUCUGCAGUACCCGCCCCUGCACCCUCGACUCCUUCCGCCUCUCACCGGGCCCCAUUGCCCUUGCCAGCUGACUCCAAGGAACCCUGGGUGACUGGGAACUUCCCUGUCCAGGGAGGUUCCGGGUACCCCCUGGCGUUACCUCCUUGCCUUUACCGGACACCAGGAAUGUUCUUCUUCGAGUGAUUGACUGCAGCAGUCGCUUCGCAGGGCCUCUGUGAACUACUCUCUGAAGACCCUGGCUGUGGGACCUAGGGCACUCUUCAAGGACCCAGCCCUGGCAGGCCAAGGACUGUGAGGACCAGAAGGCCGAAGUGAGCCAUCAGCCAGGUCCCGGGGCCUCCUGACAAACUUGGGAUGAGGGGAGGUGGGGCCCUCGGAUUUUCUCUGUGGUUCUCAGGGCUAAUAAAGCCAGUGUAAUGGUGA